AUUGAUGAAAGCAAGUACAUAACGUUGAGGCGAGCUGAAGUUGCAAAAGCAAUUUCGACAAUGUGUGACGAACGCUUACCAGCUAUUUUAUUAUGGGCUUCUAAUCGUCACAUCGAGGCUAUUUUUUACUGCGAUCAAUUUCGAGAUCUAAAGUCGCAAGCAAUGUUACGCUUUCUGCAGGAUCAGCUAUCCGGGUAA